UUGGGUUUGAGGAGGAGAAGCAGAAGAAUACGAAGAAGAGGGGGAAGUGGAAGGAUUCAAGAUGUUUCGGAACGCUUUGGCUCUUCGAAGUAUUUUCCAGAGAAGCAUAAGUACUGCCUCACGCAGGCAGUUUAAAAAUAGGGUUAAAGAACACCAGAAAUUUUUCCAGGAAGAUAAUGGCCUUCCAGUGUACCUCAAAGGUGGAGUAAAAGAUGUACUGCUGUAUCGAUUAACUAUGACGCUUUGUGUUUUUGGAACAGGGUACCUAUUUUAUGAACUCUACGUGGCUUCUAUGCCCAAGAAAUAGAAAUGACUCCAGGAUGCUUCUUGCUGUAGUUUUGCUUUCUCCCAUUCCAUUACACUCUUCAGGGACCUUCUUUGUUCUUGUCCUAUAUGAUUAAUGUUCUGGGAUCAAUAUUUAUUGAGCUGUGCUAUUGAAAACUACAGUCAAUAAAGCAGUUUUACAUUGC